CUGGCAGGGAUGGGAGCCCCAGGGGCUCUGGGGACAGCCAGGGGUGGGUUCACAGGGUACGAGCUGGGGCCUCCUGAACGCUCUCCUUGGUGGCCAGGCCUAUGUGGAGCCGCUCAGGCUGCUGGGGAGGGGAGGGGGUUUGGCCAGUGCAGCCACUUUCUGCCUGGUCUUCCCCUUCCUCGGCCGCUUUGCCCUUGGAAUGGACCUCAUGCGCCUGCUGGAGUUUCUAGCCAGUUUUCUAGAACCUCUUAGGUUCUAAGGGGGCUUUGUCUGGACUGUCUACUGUGCCUCACCCCUUCCCAGACACCCUGGAGGGAGCCGGCCCUUCCCUGACUACCUUCCCCAAGUGCCUCUGAGAAGCCGCACCCAGGUCCUGGGACAGGGGACGAAGGCACUGAGUCUUCAGGUGGCCACUGCGUGAGGGCCACGACCUCGGGUUGUCUUUAACAAGCGUUGCAGGGCACUCGUCAAUGUAGCGGGCUCUGUGCCUCAUGUGUGUGUUUGGAAGUGAGUCAGCUCCUUGCUCUCGUCUCACGGCUAGUGGUGGGGACAGAUGUGUGAAUGCGUCCUUGCGCCGGGUUGUUGCAGUCGGUGGAAGCGUGUAGGGAAAGUGGUCAGCUUGGAGGUGGGCACGUGGCGGUGCCUGCCCACGUGGGCCCACUGGAGGGCUCAUGGUCAGGGAGCCCUCCAUUCAAGCAGGGUUUAAAUUGGUAAAACUUCGCUUUUCAGUGGGCAGAUUGGGAGCGGAGGCUGUGUGUGCAAAAACAGCAGACAUAGUGUCACAGUGGUGUGAAGCCACUGCUGGGGCCGAAGGGCCUUGAGAGCAGGAGUCCAGCUAAGGGGUUGAGGUUGGAGGGUGAGGUCAAGGCCAAUCCGACAGGCCAUGGAGUCUCAGGCAGGAAACUGCGACCUGCCUCUAGGGGGCGCUGGGGAGGGGGCCUGUUUCAAACCUCAUCUCAGUGCCUGAUGCAGGGUGGCCUGAGGGUGAGGGGAGAAGAUGGAGCAGGGCACAGUGGGCAGAGACUUGUAACAGUGGAUGGGGCUGAAAUAAGACAAUGGCAGGCGGCGUAGAGAGGUUUUGGUGUACCCCGGCCAGGCUUGGGGAUGUCGUGGCCAGAGAGGAAGAAGGUGGCCUCCCAGAGGCAAGGAAGUGAGGAGUGUGCAGUUAGGCAGAGCCUGAGUGUCAGGAACGGAUGGGGAUAGAGGGUGCCAGGGCUGGCCUGUGGGAGCCAGCUGUGUCCGGGACGUGGAAAGGGAGGCCGUCAGUGGGAAGUCAGUCCACGCUGUGCUGAGCGGGGGCUGGGCGGGAACCAAAGGACCCCACAGCCUUGCCGCAGACCUGUGACGAGAUGCCAUCUCCAGCCUCCUGUCACACUGCACUUAUUCAUUCAAAAAGUAUUUAUUGAACACCCACAAGGUGUCAAGGACUGGGGUCCUGUAGUCCUUGCCCUCGGAAAGCUAAGGCACCAGGUCCCAGGCUUUGCCACCUAACUUGCAACCCCUCUGUCAGCCUCAGGGGUGGUGGCAGGGCCCAUGGAGUCCCCAGGGUCAGGCUGUUCCAAGCUGCAGGGGGCAGAGUGGGGAAGGCCCUCGGAGCGGGCUCUGCUGGGGGCUCUCUGAGUGGACCAGGGCUAGUGAGCUGCUCUGGGCCCUUCAGCUGGCGGCGCCUUCCUGGGACUACAACGGUGCCGGUGGGAGAUGGGGCAGUGGUGGGUCCGCACACAGGGAGGAGGCUGAUGGGAAUGGUUGGUGCUCUGGGUGGUGAGGAUCCAGUGCCAGUGUCCUCUGCUCGGGGCUCCUGUGUCCUUGGGCACAUGAUGUAUGCACCUGACCUCAGAGGUGAGGAAACUGAGGCCCACAGAGAUUAAGUGACGCGUCUGUCUAGCAAGAGGCAAGGUGGGGAUCUGAACUGAGAUCUAACUCGGAAGGUCUGUAGCCUUAACGAGUGACACUAGAACAAGAUGUGGCUUGCCACCUGCUGACCCACAGCCUCAGUAAAAUCAAACUGCAAAGCUCAGCAUGGAGGUUUGUGACCCGGCCCCUGGGCCGAGCCCUGGAACACGCGCCCUUUGUGAGGCGCCUGGGCCUUGGCAGCAGGUUCCGACCCUCGGCGGGGGAGGGGCCGACAGAGGCCGGAAUCAGGGACGGAGCAGAAGAUGGUUCUCGCCAUGCUGGGGGCUCUGCACCCCAGGGCCGGCCUGAGCCUCUCCCUCCUCUACUUUGUCCUGGUUGCUGCGCUCCACCCCCAGCCACUGAGGCCUCAGCGAUCUGUUCCUGAGGAAUUUUCAGCCCCCCUGGAACUGUCGGAGCCACUUUCGGGCCUGCUGGAUGACUACGGGGUCCGACCCAAGCACCCAUGGCCGCGAGGCCCUCGACCCCUGCUCUCCCGGGCCCAGCAGCGCAAGCGGGAUGGGCCAGACAUGGCUGAGUAUUACUACGACGCACACCUGUGAUGGGAGUCCCCCAUAAAGCUAUUCUGUGCAG